GUAGUGUACACCGACUUUUAACUAUAAUAUAAUGUAAACGAAAUUGUAUUGGCUGAAUGGUUACUCUCCCUACAACUUUAGUUAGUGACAGACGAUAAAAAAAGAAUUGAACAUGGCGGCGGCGGCUCGGUAGGAAGUGUUAUGUCAAAAUAAGUUGGAAUAGGUGUUUUUAAUUGGGAUAAACAAAUAUUUCUGAGUAAAAAUGUCGUCAACAGAGCCACCACAGAACAAAACAUGGGAAUUAUCCCUUUACGAGUUGCACCGGACACCUCAAGAAGUGAUAACGGACGCUACCGAAAUCGCGGUGUCCCCACGAAGCUUGCACAGCGAAUUGAUGUGUCCAAUUUGUUUGGAUAUGCUGAAGAAGACGAUGACGACUAAAGAAUGUCUCCACAGGUUCUGCUCUGAUUGCAUCGUGACCGCUUUGCGAUCAGGCAACAAAGAAUGCCCGACAUGCCGUAAGAAAUUAGUGUCCAAACGUUCUCUGAGACCAGACCCUAAUUUUGAUUUAUUGAUAUCAAAAAUAUAUCCUAGCAGGGAUGAAUACGAGGCCCAUCAGGAGCGAGUGUUGGCAAAACUGAAUAUGUCUCACUCGCAGGCGUCUUUAGUGAAUUCUAUAACAGAGGGGAUCAAAUUGCAGUCUCAAAACAGGCCUCAGAGGUCGCGUAAAGCUGGAGCAGAUGAUAACAGCAGUCUGUCUAAUUCUAAUGGGGCGUCGGACGCUCAAAACGGUAGUAGUUCGUCAGCUCCUAAGGAUGGCACUGCAACGUCAAUGGGUAACCCCACGCCUCCCGGACAGUCAACAUCUAAUCCCCCUUCUGUGAGGAGCACGCCGUCACCGGUGCCGUCCAAUGUUAGCUCCAUUUCAAAAAACACAAGCAUCACUAAAAGAGCAAAGUCAGUUUUGACUUCAGAGCGCAGCGAGGAAAGUGAAUCUAGUGAUGGCAGGACGGAAGGUGAGAACUCCAUGGACACAGAAGGGGAAGGCGAGCCCCUGAACCCCAAUGAGAUUGAGCUGGUCUUCAAGCCACACCCGACAGAGAUGACCGGAGACAACCAGCUCAUGAGGGCACUGCGGGAUAGCUCUGUCAGAUACAUUAAAACUACUGCUAAUGCUUCUGUGGACCACCUGAGCAAGUACCUAGCGAUGAGGCUCACGCUGGACCUAGAUGCGGAGCUCCCCGAAGCAUACCGGUUGCUCAACUUCUGCAUCUAUGUGGCUCCGGCACCGGGGCAGUUUGUGCCACUGGCCGGCUCGCAGACUCUCCGCCAGAUUAAUGAUAAGUUUUGGAAGGUGAACAAACCACUGGAGAUGUACUACUCGUGGAAGAAAACCUAGAAGUGCCGGCAGCUUGAAUCUAGAACCUAGUGAUUUAUUUUAAACAGAAAUAUAUGUAUUUAUAACGAAAUUAUUCGAGAAAUAGACUCUUACAAUUAAUGUGAUAAGAUUUUAUUUAAGUUUUAUAUAAUUUGUAGAUAAGCAGGUAAAUGUCUUUUGUAAGUCAAAUGAAAAGAGUAAUUUAUGUAUGUAUAAUUUUAUGUCAGUAAAAUAACAUUAAGAAUAUUUAAGAAAAUACUGAUUAGGCGGGUCCACACAGAGCGAGCAUACGUGCGAGGCAAUUUCCUCACGCACAAUGCCGAGGCACUGUACACUGGCCGUAUUGUACGUGAGGAAAUUGCCUCGCACGUAUGCUGGGUCAGUGCGGACCUGGCUAUGGAUUACAUUGAUCAAGGUAGGUGUCAUUUUAAAUAAUUGAAAAGUUGUUACAGUUAGCAAUUUACUGCGCAGUAUUGCAGUAUUUUAAUCUCAUUUUAGUUAGGUGAUAAUAAACAAUUCAUAAUUA